AUGGCGACCGUAAAGCCUGUGUUACGGCGAAGCCACACGAAAUCAAAGUUGGGCUGCCAAGCUUGUAAGCAGCGACAUGUCAAGUGUGAUGAGUUUCGGCCAACAUGUCACAGAUGUCUCUCUUCAAAGAUUGCAUGCAAGUACCCCGACCAAGCUGAGGACCAAGCUGAGGACCCAGACGAAAAAGCCGCUUCAGCUCUCUGGUGGCCGGUGGACAUUGAAAAAUCCUGUGCACAAUGGAAAGAAUCAGGGGAACCGCCCUUUGGGUGGUUGUCACCGUCCCCGAGCUGGCAUAACAUGCCUAUGAAGGACCUGCGGUACAUCUACAAGAUGGCUCUGGUUGCCAACAUCCUCGAUCUGAGCAAGACAACUAACAUUUGCCUACUAUGGGGUGAGAUGGGCGUGCUUUUCCAACUCGCAACGCAAUACGACUUUGUCGCACAUACCUUGGCUGCUACAUCGGCACAGCGACUUGCAGUAACAACAAAGUCACACGAGGCUUCCGAGGAUGCAUAUCAAUACCGAAAGCUAGCUCUCCAUGGACUGUAUCGAGCAAUGGGGUCCUUUUCCAAAGACAAUGCCGAUGCAAUCUUGGCCGCGUCGCUGGGAUGCUCAUAUAUAAUGUCCGACCAUCGUUCCCUGAUGACCUUGGCCGGAAACAUCUCUACAGUGGCCACCCGGAUGAAGCCUUGGCUCAAACGGUCGGCCUUUCACCGAAUCUUUGCAUACGAACCAAUGUACUACGAAACCGAAGAGCAAGCAGCCGCAUCACCUCCCGAGACAGGAGACGUCGAGCAUCGCUUCGCUCUCGUCAAGAAGCUGCUAGCAGAUGGCAUCGCCUCGGUCAACGGCCUGGCCUUUUGUUUCCAAGGCGACCGCGAUCUAUCAGCUGUGCUUCGACAACUCCGAGACGUCAUGCGACUUGUCUACGAACGGCUCGGCUCCGACAUCUCCGCCGAAGAUCAAUACCGCCUCGUAUACCCCUUCACAGCGUGGUUCGUCAAGAACUCGGCCGCCUCCUACGUCUCCCUCAGCGCAAAAAACCCGUUCCUACUCGUUUUCCUGCUGCACAUGUAUGCAGUUGUUGUCACGCUCACGCUGGCUCUGCCACGCAUCGACGUGCCGCUGUUUGCAAAGUUCCGACUGCGAGCGAUCCUCGAAAUCUGCAACAUUUUGAAACCCGAGCCGGGUUUCCUGUGCCAGCGGUGUAAUGGAUUUCACUCUUAUGAAGAGGUCAUGUCGUUUCCUUUGAGCAGUGUGUCUGUGUAUCAGCAGGUUGGUAGAGAGACGAGUCUUUUAGAAGCAUAG